AUGUCCUUUUUUGACAUUAUAAUAGCUUUCGACAACUUCCUUUCAUUCAGAGUCUAUAUUAAAGCCUCCUCUCCCUUUUCUUUCUUUCUUUCUUUCUUUCUUUCUUUCUUUCUUUCUUUCUUUCUUUCUUAUUAUCAUCUCCACUAUUCGUGCCUAUUUUCUUUCCUUCUCUCUUUUUAUUCAUCAUAUUUUCCUUUCUUUUUUUCUUUAUUUUCCCUUCUGUCAUUUAAAAUAUUCAUUUUGUUCUUCCUCCGUAGAUCACACUUUCUUUCUUUCCUACUAGUUAUCGCUUUUAUCUACCAUUUUCUUUCUUUCUUUCUUUCUUUCUUUCUUUCUUUCUUUCUUAUUAUCUUGUUUUUUUCUUUCUCCCGGUCUGUAUAUCUCUCUCUAUUUCUCUCACUUUCUCUUACUCUCUCUUUUUUCUCUCUCUCUCCCUCUCUCUCUCUCUCUUUCUCUCUCUCUGUGCACCCACACACGAACAUCGACACACACACUUACUGUAAAUCCCGGUACUCUCUCUCUCUCUCUCUCUCUCUCUCUCUCUCUCUCUCUCUCACUGGCCUCUGUAUCUCCAAUUGCCUUGAUCUAUCCACUAUCCUUCGCCUCACCCUUUCUUCUAUCACUCCUCUCUAA